ACCACUGCGCGUCGCGUCAGAAUUGCCGUCGGCACUUUAUUACCACGCGUCCUGCUCCCGUCCGAUCUCCAAUUUCUCCGCUCCCGUCUGUCGUCUGCCCAUCCAUCCACCAUCUCACCACCGCGUUUACCGUCCAGUCCCGGUUCUCGCUCGACGUUCCUUUGAUAUCAUUCUCCCUCUCUGAUAGCUCCCAAUGUGAGUGCCACUCGAUCCGCCGUCGCCCCGCGUCUAGGGUUGUUCGGUUCAACCCGUUAAAUUUGAUUUCGCAGGGCUUCCUCCUCACGAGACGGCCAGACCCCGCCCACCAACCUCAAGGAACGGAUUGCCCAGCUCCAACAACGCAAUGCCUCUCCUCCAGGCCUGUCCUCACCACCGAACGAAAAGGCGGGCGCCGCACCACCGGGCGCGGGCAGCCUCCGCGACAGGAUAGCCAGGUUCGAGAAGAAGGGGAGCGUCCCCGUCCCGCGCGGCAGCUUCGCCAUGGGCGCACCGCCGGUGGAGAACGGGUCUAAGAAGACGGGAGAGCUGUAUGCGAACCGCAUCCAGGGACUAGGCAAGCCGUCGAGCAGGCCGACGUCCCCCGAGUUGCUCGACGGUCAGCCUAAACAGCGCUCCUCGUCCAGCUUUGCUGCUGUCGGCGAGGAACCUCGGGAUGGCACGGUCUCCCCCCCUCCCAAGGCUGCGUCCACCACUCCUUCACGCAGCAACUCGCUAAUCCCCCCAGUCGACCUUGCCACUAUGCGGUCGGUCAGCUCGCCGGACAUUCCUCAGGCGCGCGAUUUAACCCUUGACCCUGGUGCCGCGAAGGUUUCCUCACCACCCCCUGCCGCGGAGUCUGACGGUUCACCAGCCGCGGCCGAUGUGCCCAGUACCCCCGUGGGCGCAUCAUCGGGUGAUGCGCCCACAGUUGUGCUUGCCGAGGAGCCACAAGAAACAUCCUCUGAGCCCACCAAGGCUUCAUCGGAGUCAACCCCUACUACUGCUGCAGCAUCUCUGCCAGCCAAGGUCCCAACUCCGGCUCCAGCUGCCGCUCCCGUCGCGCCGACGCUCGCCCCAAUCACUAAGCCCAUUACCUCGGUCUCGCCAGCGCCUCCGUCCCCCAUCCCCGAGCUCGUGAAGCCGCCUUCAGGCCCUUCGCAGACAGUAGUCAGGAAUGUGACUCGCACCACCUCUCCGCCUGCCCAGUUCUCCGCCGUCGUACACAGAAAGGUUGCCGAGCCUACUCCUCCCCCCAGUUCCACGACUACCUCGACUCUGCAGUCCCAGAUCGUCACUCCGAAAGCCCAGCGCGCGAGGGUCCCCGUCACGGUCGAGACGCCCUCCAGCCCAGCCGUUGAGCUCGCAGCGCUGCUUGAGAACGCGUUCCUGCUCGAGGCAAGGCUGGGCGAACCCGGGAGCUCGUCGGACAGCCAGUCGCUCAAGACUCCCACGGCGGACUCGUUCCCCGCCGGCGCGGGCCUGCCGCCACCCCCGAGGAUCGCCGAGCCUGAUCUCAUGUCCACGCCCACGCCUAAAGCGCCGGGUGCAAGUGUAGGUGCAGGUGCAGGUGCAGGUGCGAGCGAAGGAGAAGAGAAAGCGCUCUCGCCCAAGCAGUCCAUCGGGAGCUUUUCAGAGCGCUCGAUCCCGUCCAUCCGCGAGCCCGCGAUCGACCAGGAUAUCCCCGAGGAGGGCGAGCCUGACUUUGGCGCCCAGAGCAUCCGCAGCUACGGCGGCAGCGUUGUCAGCGGCGGCAAUGGGGCCGGAGACGCGAGCGAGCGCGCGAGCGUGCGUUCCAAGGGCUCCACGACGCGCCACUACUUCAGCAGCCUGCGGCGGAUCGCGUCGGGCGCCAGUGGGAGCUCGCGCCGCUCGUCGACGUACAACGGCGCGCGGGACAGCAUGUCGUUCUCGUCCGAGGACUCGGGCGUCGUGGUUACCCCGCCGUCGGACGGCGCCGCGGUGCAGCAGUGGCCUACGGCGAGGAAGGGGAGUGUUGGCCGGUCGUCGUCGUUUGCGGAUAAGCUGUUCAACAGGAGCAAGGGCCGGUCGAACCAGUCGGGCGCGGACAACCAAUCUGUGCACUCGUACGGUUCCUCUCUCACCCCCAGCCUCUCGUCCAAGAGCGCUCGGGGCAAGUCCGCCCACGGUAAAGCCGCGACUGACUCUGAGGCCGUUCGUUCUUCCAAGUUCGACCUGGACGCGUUCCCAUCUGUGCCGGGUUCGAGCAAGAACGCGUGAGCUCGUCAGCCGACGCGCAUAUCUAUUGGUUUUUUUCUUAGUUGGCAGUCUACCCUUGUCUUUUUUUUUCACGAUAAAUGUUAAUGUGCAUACCUACACGCCCGCCUGCUUACUCUGCUUUGGCUUUGCUGCCCGCCCCUUUCCCUUACUAUCCCUUCUCCAUUUUCUGCUGCUGUUUCUUGAUUUUAUGCCCACUGCUACCCCCCGGUGUUCUCGUCCCGAGAAUCGUUUGGGAUCAUCCCACCAUACACCAUCCAUCCACUCGUGGAUUUUGCUUUCUGCUAUAAAUCUCUUCCGC